GGGGCUCCUCAGAGGCUCCGCAGCGGUGGAAGGACUGGAGCUGCUGGCUGCCUCCUCCGGUGCAGCCUGCAUCCAGGUGCAGCCGCACUGGGGACGCGGUGCAUAUCCCUUGCUCAGACUGCCACUGUUGCGACCCUUGCGCGAAAAUGUCCGGAGCCUAAAAAAGUAGUCCUGAGCGGCAGAGGGCCACUGGGUGGGUGGGUGGGUGGGUGGGUGAGUGGGGAGGUUCGGAAGGCAGGACUGAGGGUAGGAAGCGAAUUGGGUGACUUGCUUCUCACGUUUGUCCCAAUUAGCACCAAGUUGGCAGACAACCCACAAACCCACGAAGCCUUUGCUUGUCCGCCCCCGCCGCCUCCCUCCCCCCUCCCAUCAAAUUCUCUGCAUUUCAGAAUAUUCUGACUGUAAGAAAACUUCAUCUCCCCCUCCUCGGUUCAAGUGAAACAGACACUUGGCACCACCUUCUCCCAGUAACACUGUGUGGAUGAAUCCCGGAGAUCCUCAACUGCAGCGCUCUUACCAAACUGCACCCUUUGGAGUGGGGGUUGGGGGGCUAUGGUGGGCUGGGCAGAGAGGCCUCUGGGGGAGAGGCGGGGUGGCGCGGAGGAGCGAGAUGCAGGAGGAGGAUCGCCUGUGUGACUGCAUCUAAAGCAGACUGGUCCAAGGAGUUCUGCCAGGGACACCACCGCCUGCAUUGCGUCGGACCUGACCAUCUCCAAUGUGAAAUUCCCGGGGAAGGUCGCUCGCAGCGGAGGGCCGUGCGUGGGCGGGGCUGCGGGCCGCAGGGAAAGAGGAGUUGGUGGUGGGCUUUUCGAGGAGGGGGUGCGGAAGAAAAGCUGUGCAGGCAAGGAUGGGAACUGAAUGACAACCCCCCUCUGCCAAACCACCCCCUCAUAUUUUCCAUCUACCUCCUCGCUCCUGCCCUCCCCCGCCCUCCCCAACCCACGCCCGGGUGGGCCAAUCGCUGCUCCGCAUUCCAGGCGCUUUCUCAGGUUUCUGCUGAUCUUGCAGCGCCCAGAAAUGGACCGAGCGAACCUGCGGCCGCACGCUCCCUGCCCCACUCGGAGCUGCUGAAGGCUCGCGGCGCGCCGCGGAGAAAGGUCCGUCUGUGGUAGCGCAGGUUACCGGAGAGCCAUGUAGAGCCAGGCUUUGAGCCGCCCGCCUCCCUCGGGAUCGAAUCAAGGGCUCCCGUAGUGUUCAGAGUGGGGGCGAGAGUGCAGCUUAUCGCCAUUUGCUUGGGUGAUUCCGGAGAAGGUGGCCUUUUUGUUUUUCCACCCCGCAUCCUCCGGGACUCCCUGCCCCAGAGAGAGGACAGCGUCUCCAGGUUGCUUGCACCGUCUGAGGAUGGGGGUAGGGUACGGACGUUUCUUCCGUAGCUGCUCGAUAAAACGAUCGGGCUCCUGAGAGGAGAAGGACGCGAAACGCGAGGGGCCCGGAGCCUCUCGCACGCUGCUGCGGUGGUGGCGGCUGCUCGUUCCGGCUGCUGCAAAGGCGACCUGCCGCAUUCAGACUCUCCGCCGACUCAGCACAGCCUCUGCGCCAAGCCGGCCCGCCAGCGUCCAUCGAUCGCCCCGGUGGGAGCUUAGAAGGCGGCAGGCGAAGAGGGGUAGGAGGGGGGAGAGCCAAGGAGCAGCAAAGUGGGUGACAGGCCUGGGGAUCUGCUGAGUUGGCACUGCACCCUGUCCUAAGAGGGCUGCAGGAGGGGAGGGGAGCCGGGGCGAGCCCCCGAAGCGAUGGCAGGUGUGCAUUAAGGUGAUCAGAGCAGGAAGAAAAACCCAUUCACCAACAUAAAAACAGAGCACCCCCCCCAAAAAAAAACCCCAAGAGUAGCAAAAAAAAAAAAGCUUCACUGGGGGACCUCAGGCGAGAGGGGUUUCCAAAUUGCGUAAAAGGCAGCGUGGAGGAGGGGAGGUGAUAACUAGCAAAGUUGCAGACCUCUGAACCUUCUGGCUCUGAAGCCCCUCCCUGUGAGCGUGGGGAAGACUCACUCUCCGGUGGGGGGGCCGCUUGGGUCCCCCCCACCCCUACUCCCUCGCUCCUUCACAACCCGGGCUCUCUCCUGGCCUCCUACCCCUGCACCCUGCUUUCAUCAUGACGGUGAUGUCGGGGGAGAAUGCGGACGAGGCUUCGACCGCUCCUGGUCACCCCCAGGAUGGCAGCUACCCGAGGCAGGCGGACCACGACGACCACGAAUGCUGCGAGCGCGUAGUAAUCAACAUCUCCGGGCUGCGCUUCGAAACGCAGCUCAAGACUCUGGCACAGUUCCCCAACACGCUGCUGGGCAACCCGAAGAAACGCAUGCGCUACUUUGACCCCCUGAGGAAUGAGUACUUCUUUGACCGCAACCGGCCCAGCUUCGAUGCCAUCCUUUAUUACUACCAGUCUGGGGGCCGCCUGCGCAGGCCGGUCAACGUGCCCCUGGACAUGUUCUCCGAGGAGAUUAAAUUUUACGAGUUGGGCGAGGAAGCCAUGGAGAAGUUCCGGGAAGAUGAGGGCUUCAUCAAGGAAGAGGAGCGCCCCCUACCCGAGAAGGAGUACCAGCGCCAGGUAUGGCUGCUCUUUGAGUAUCCGGAGAGCUCAGGACCUGCCCGGGUUAUCGCCAUCGUGUCGGUCAUGGUCAUCCUCAUCUCCAUAGUCAUCUUUUGCCUGGAGACUCUCCCUGAGCUGAAGGACGACAAGGACUUCACGGGCACCAUCCACCGCAUCGACAACACCACAGUCAUCUAUACUUCCAACAUCUUCACAGACCCUUUCUUCAUUGUGGAAACCUUGUGUAUCAUCUGGUUCUCUUUUGAACUGGUGGUGCGCUUCUUCGCCUGCCCCAGCAAGACAGACUUCUUUAAGAACAUCAUGAACUUCAUCGACAUUGUGGCCAUUAUCCCUUAUUUCAUUACCCUGGGCACGGAGAUAGCUGAGCAAGAGGGAAAUCAGAAGGGCGAGCAGGCCACUUCCCUGGCCAUCCUCAGGGUCAUCCGCUUGGUAAGGGUGUUCAGAAUCUUCAAACUCUCCCGCCACUCCAAGGGCCUUCAGAUCCUGGGCCAGACCCUCAAAGCUAGUAUGAGGGAGUUAGGGCUGCUUAUCUUUUUCCUCUUCAUUGGGGUCAUACUGUUUUCUAGCGCAGUGUACUUUGCGGAGGCGGAAGAAGCUGAGUCGCACUUCUCCAGUAUCCCCGAUGCUUUCUGGUGGGCGGUGGUGUCCAUGACCACUGUGGGAUACGGUGACAUGUACCCUGUGACAAUUGGAGGCAAGAUCGUGGGCUCCUUGUGUGCCAUCGCUGGUGUGCUGACAAUUGCCCUGCCCGUACCUGUCAUUGUGUCCAAUUUCAACUAUUUCUACCACCGAGAAACUGAGGGGGAAGAGCAGGCUCAGUUGCUCCAUGUUAGUUCUCCUAACUUAGCCUCUGACAGUGACCUCAGCCGCCGCAGCUCCUCUACUAUCAGCAAGUCUGAGUACAUGGAGAUCGAAGAGGAUAUGAACAAUAGCAUAGCCCAUUACAGACAGGCUAAUAUCAGAACUGGUAACUGCACCACAGCUGAUCAAAACUGCGUUAAUAAGAGCAAGCUCCUGACCGAUGUUUAAAAAGCAACAGGCAAGCAAACAAAAGCCCCAAACAAACCCCUUGGCGACUCCUGUCCCACUCUGUAGAUACUUUACUAAGCAGUAGUCUUUGAAUGCUUUAUUUUACUGGCAAUGCAUUGUUGCAUUGUGACUUUGGGGAGUGGCGAACCUGAAGCUUUCAAGAUCCAUUAAAAAAAAACAAACCAAACACAAAGCAAAAAAAAAACAAAAACAAAAACAAAAACACAAAAAUGACCCAACAACCAACUAUUUUCAUUUUUAUUAAAAAGAAAAGAAAGAGGAUUUUCUUAUAAAUGCUGUCCAUUAAGUAGUCUGUGUGAAAUAAGACGAUUUCCUUGUCCUGAAGUAUUUCCAAUCUUUUGGCUUAAGGUUUUUUUUGUUUUUUUGUUUUUUUUCCUAAAAAUCAGAUGACCACUUAGGAAUAUAAAAAUUCAAAUCUGCAUGGAACUCCACUCUAAACUUUGGCAAACCACACAGCACAUUUCAGAUAGUGUGCUCUGUGGAACACUUUGUAACAGCUUCAGUGGUCAGUGGGGGGGGCGGGGGGGAUGCUUUUAUUUUGAUCAACUGAAUUGCAUACAAGGCUAACAAAAUCCGGACUAAUUGAGAAUGGUUCAGAAAGCACCUUGCAAAUCUGAUACUGGGCCCAAUCUGUUGGGAUUCUCUAUCUGCCCCAUUCUCCUAAAUCCAGUCUAUUCUCUAAGAAAAGGGUAACUUGAUUAAAUGAGUCGAUUCAUCUGUAGGGCUGCUAAGUUCUAUCAACUGCAGAUGAUCCAAAUAUAGUUGUUUUUGUUUUUAACCAAUCCUGACCCCUGACCCCUGACCUUCAGAAGUGGAUGUAAAACCUUACCCUCCUUAUUGCAAGAGCACAAGAGUUAAAUGGUAAGCAUGUUUGAAUCUGAUAACAUUUAUUUUAUAAUCGCAUGCCGAGAAAGUUAACCCAGACAAUAGGGAAUAAGCUUACAUUGAAAUUGACUCUUCUAAAUAUAGGCCCUUUUCAUUUGCAUUCACCAAAAGUGCACUCCUUCAUUUAUUAACUCUUUUCUUAGCAACUAAAGUACUGUAUUUAAGUACAUACAUUAGAUGGGGACAAUCCCUUUUCGGAGCUCAAAGCAUGUUCUCUUAGUCAGCAUUAUGGCCUAUUUGAUUAAGAUAUACCUUGAAUUAAUUAAUGCAUGAUUUCAGUGAUAAAAAUUAGAAAAUAUUAAAAAUUACAAGUCUGUGGGACGAAAGGCCCAAAGAAACACUUGGGGUGGGGGUGGGGUGGGGGACACUCCCAUCAGUUUUCCUGCCUUUGCUCAGGGAAAUGCCAAGCUUCUGUGCAGGUAUAGACAGAGAGAGGACCAAUAUGCCCAUCCUUUAAGGGAAAAUUGUGGAAAACUAAAUAAGUCAUCAAGGUAUUUACUAGACCUAAGACAAGCAUUCUUACUAGCUGAACAUAAAUACAAGCAAAACAAGCAAGCAAACAAACAAACAAACAAACAAAGGUGCAAUAUUGCAUGGUUUCUUGGUGCAUUCUUAGGAUGUAAGUGAUAAUGCUGACCUCUUCAUGCAUCCAGAGCAGAGCCAAUUUCUUUUUUGCAGUCAUGAUUUGAAGUCUAUAGAGACUUCAGCCCUCCCCCUGAGGCUCCCUGAAGAAACUCAGCCAAUUGAUUUAAUACUUGCUUAGUGCCUUUAUCUGUACCCACAGUGAACUGCAGAAAGUGCCUCUGUAACUCAGCUGGGAAGUUAUUUAACAGAAGGGAGGAAGGGUUGGGGCACAGACCUUUUGCUUUUCGUUUUCUUUGUUUUUUUUCCAUCCUCACCGUCUCACUUCACCACUGUGAGAAGACCUCUCCACCCUCAAAGCCCCCAAAGAAGAGAGAGAGAAAGCAGGUGCUGUCUCUCUUGGCCCUCUACCGGGCUGGGCUUAGUUGAUCUCUUUGGCAGCCUGACUCUGGAUAUGAACUGAGACCCAUCUUUGAACUGGACACGAACUAUAAACCAGUUCUCUUCUGUUCUGUGCUGUUUUGUUUCUUCUCCAUCAGUAGCCAAGAGAAAUGUUUUUGGGAAUGUGGAAGGCCACUCUGGACAUAUGAAGCUUCCUCAGGUUCAGUGGCUCCAUCUCCCCCAUCUCUCCCUGUCAGCUAUAGCACUUCGCAGAUCUCUGAGAGUCUGAUCUUUGGGGAUAUUGUUGUGAAUCAUGGGGACACUUAUCUCACAGUGACUUGCCAUACGCCAGCCAUCUUGGGCCAACCUCCUAUGUAUCUUUCCUAUGAUGCUCCUCUGAUUGUCCCACCGGGAAGUCACUUCACUGGCUGAACAUCUGACUGCUGCUGCCCCAGCCACUGAAUCCAGAGAAUGGUGGGGACCCCAUGUCCAGCUGAAAGAUCAUCAUAUCACACAGGAUCUGGAGUCCAGCAGCUAUUCACCAUCAGAGAGGCGUUCAUUGCCUUUUUAAGGACGCCGGAGUGGGGAAUCUUCAUUCUGCUUUUAGCAUGUGGCUGCCUACUACUGUUUGCCUUACAUUCUUGCCUGGCUUCUUCUGGAAUCUUCCCUGGUACUUCUGUACCUUUCCCCCACCCGAUCUUUAGACUAGAAGUGAGGCCAUAAACCAAGAAACUAUGAGGACAUCCAGGCUAUCUAGCUCAUUUGAAAGGAGAUGGACAUUUUCUUUCCCUGUGCAAUUUUUGUGAGUCUUCAGGGUGUUACAACAUAUAUCCUAGAAGAUGAGGUGCCAAGAACUGCCCAGCCUCUGACUAUAGGGUACUAUACCCUGCUGUGUGUUGCUCAAUCUUUGAACCUUAGAUCAUCGCUCUGAUCUUUCCUUCCACAUGAUUGCAAGUGUCCAGUUGGGAGAAAAAUGCCAACUCCUCCCCCACUCUCCAGGAAUAUCUUGAACUUUUAUUUUGACUCUGAGAUCUAGGACACAACAGAACUCUGUCAACAGCAAUAAUCCACUCAGUACUAUGGGAUGGAUGGGUUAGAAGAUGCGAUACUGAGCCUGAGACUGGUCAGCCAGCCCCUGGACAUGAGACCUUCUUCUUGUAGCGGUGCCCUGGACAGGUUGACACGCGGGUGUAUGUUACAAGACAAAGUGCUGCAUGUGGUGAAGUGGUCUGCCUGGGGCUGUGGGAUGUGCUGCUGUUAUGAAUUUGGAGUGGAUGGGGGAUACGGAUGCUGGUUAUCCAUCUGUAGCUCAUUGCAGUGAGCGUGAUGACAGGGGGCACGGGGAUUAUCUGUGUAGCAUAGGCAUGUGACCUUUGACUAAGCUCUUACCCCUGCACUGUAAUGUGCUGAAAUGUCUUUGUAGACCUGAAGGUGCACUUAACUAAACUGCCUACUAAGGAAUGACUCUCAUCUGGUCCACUUCACACUCCCUUCCCCAGGUGUUUGCCCUUUCACCCCCUUCUUAGGUAUUGAGCCUUGAUAGCUCAAGCCCCAAUGCUAAGACCCGUUUUCUCUGGAAGGAGAAGACUUACGAUAUACUGAUAGCCAUAGCCCAUCUCUUCCAACAUGUAGGGCCCUAGUUCCAUAGGGUGCCCUUGGAAGGAUCAGGUCAUCCUGUGGCUAUUAGCCAUCCCAGAAUCUCUGAAGUGCUUAACUCACUUCAAGUGAUCUGAAUCAGAGAGACCAAAGAUAUUAAUUUUCUCUGUCCUCAGAUUUCUAGAAGACAGACUAUGGCUAGGAAAGGGUUAAUUUUGGUUUGGGCUUUCUCUCUCUCCUUUCUCCAUCUGUACACAUCCCCUACCUCACUCCCCACUUGAGACCUAAAUUUUGAAGCUCAAUGACCUCUGUUCACUGGGAGUGUGUUUGUGGGUUAGUCCAGGAUAUCAGGUCCAACAAUUUCCCCCACACUGUAGUCAAUGGACAGUCAUUUUCUCUAACACAAAACUGUGUGGUGGAUUUAGAUUCCACUGAGGUGGAACUGGAGUUACCACAGCCUUGAUCUUCUUGAGACUAGACAGAACAAGAGUGGUGGCUGAGAAAUACAUUUUCCUAAGUAGAAAGGAGGUACAACCCAUAAAGGACUUUCUUCACAUUGAGUGUAGCAGUUAUGACUUUUUCAAAUUAGAGUCUAAAGGAAUCAGUAAAAAAGUAAAAAAGAAAAAAAUUAGUUUUCAACCUCAUGCUUCAUAUAAGAGGCCUCAAAGCACAUGCUUAUUUUUUUUAAAGCAACUUUAAAUUUUAAUUUCUUGUUUGGUAGAUUAGCUUGAACAAAAAGUAGGAAAUGAACGUUAGCAGAAGGCAGUUCCCCAUUUUCUUCCAGGGAUGACUUAUUCCUGGGAGCAGUGAGAAUUGGUGGGUGGUAACCAUCCAUAGUAUAAAAUUGUUAGAAAGAGUAUAAACUGCCAAACAACCACGUUAUCUUCCAGCCCUUUUCCAGGAGUGAAGCCUUUUGAUAUUUAUAUUCACUUGGAGAAGACAAACAAACUAGAGUUUGAGGAAUCGACCCAGGCUUGGUUGAAGUGUUCUCUCAGGUGGUGGACUCUCACCUACAGCAGGGUCCAGCAGGACUUACAUUUAUAGCACAGGACUUCAGGGUAUAUGCAGACAUGUCUAGAAUGACUCAGGUAACCCUUCAAGAAUUGUACAUUACUUAUCGCUUUUGUAAAGAAGCAAGCAGGAACUGAAUUGUUAACCAAAAGUAUUCCAUUACCUUGGGCCACUGUGCAAACUCAUUCAGGGCAUACACAUAAUGUUAAAAGCUCCAGAAUCAAGUGGCAGCCUCUUUUCUCAUUGACUCAUGGGAGUGCCAAUGUGUAGGAAAAGCAUUAGGCUCUGCUGUCUUUCGUACAGCUUGGGGAAGGUUGACACUAGUCACAGUGAUUUUCAUUUAGGGGUUAUUAGGAAAUUUGUGAUAUGAGACUUCAAAAGAUCUAGAAAGUCCUCCCCCCUAAAUCAAAGAAGAAUUAGAAAUGGAUAAGGAAAGAAAAUGGAAGGAGAAAGUACCCACAGAAAAUGCUAGGUCAAGAGUUGUCUUUCCUCUUCAAAACUUGCAGAAAUCUACUUCUUCAAUGCACUGUUUAGGAGUCAUGUACGAAGCAGCCAUAAUUUGGUGACAUGGUCUUUAUGACAUACCUCUAAGAUUAAAGAUAGACUAUUCCUGAGGCUAAAACUACAGUCCAGAAGUAUUAAUCUGAUGUGCACCCUCAGGACGACAAACCAUUGAAGCUGAUGAAGUUCUGUUUUCUUUCUUGGCUUUGCCAAUUGCUUCCUCCUUGAGUUAAGGACAUGUCUCAUAUCAUCGCCCCUGCACUUGCCCUGCCCUAACCGUUUACUAUGUUGGGUUGAGGAUACUGAAAGUUACGAAUGGAGAACCUAAGGAUGCGCAUAGUUUUCAUCUAUGCAAUUUUACUUGGUUCUGUCACUUCAUGAUCUGUUCAUAUUUGGCAUCAAUUAAAGAUAAUUUUUAAGGAUCUUA